CGCGCUGCUGUUGCCCGCCGUGACGCUGGGUGAUGGAGGAGGCGGGCGGCGCGCGCGAGGGCCUCUUCUCGCUGGAGCUGCUGGUGGAGUGGGUGCGGGUGGAGCCGCGGCUGCUGCCCCCGCGCGGGCCCCUGCGCCCGGCCGUGGCGCUGCGGCUGCUGGACUUCCCCACCCUGCUGGUGCACCCGCCCGAGCCGGGCUGCCCGCCGGGGCGGCUCGUCCCCUUCGGCCGGGGCAAGUCCUGCCUCUUCCGCCUGGGCCCGGGCCCCCUGCGGGGCCUGCUCCGCCGCGCCCCGCUCUACGCGCUGCUGCUGGCGCUGCCCCCGGGGCCCGGCCCGGCCCGCCUGCUUGGCAGCUGCUGUGUCUCCCUGGCCCCGGCGGCCGAGGAGCUGCUGCGGCCGCCGCAGGGCGGGGCGAGGCCCGACUCCCGGGGCCGCAGGGGCCGUUACCCCCUGCGGGACCUCAUGGGGGAGCGGGUUGGGGAGCUGGCCCUGGGCUACCGCCUCAGCAGCCUGGGGCCGGCCUUGCUGGGGCACCUGCCUGCGGGCCUGGGGCAGGAGGUGGCUGGGGGAGCGCCGUCGCCCAGCCCCCCGGAUACCCAGCGCAAGAGCGGGCCCAGGCCGCAGGGGGCCCCGGGGGAGCAGGCGUCUGGUCGUAGUAGGCGCUGCACGUCUAUGGGCAGCCAGACGGAGCCGCAGGUCAGGGAAGAGGUUGGGGAGUUGGAGCCUGAGCACAGCGGCCAAGCCUCAUCCCCCGCUGGCGAGACCCGUCAGCCAAGUGGGGAGGAGGUGAGGGAGCUGGAGAUAGAAGCAAACGUCUUCUGCCCUCCCCCCUUGUACUACAGCCACCUGCCCACAGAGCCCCCACCACCCAGGCCCCCUGAGAGGGUGGCAGUUGCUCAGCCUCAGGCACUGCAGGAGCAGAUCCCAAGUGUACCCCUUGUGCCAUUGCAGGAAGCUUGUCCAGACAGAGGUCAGGCUUCUGGUUCCUUGGCCCAGUCGCUGGGUAGUGCCCAGCUGCUCAGAGAUGCUCUCAGAGAGCUGCCUCUGAUCAAUGCUUUGCUGGUAGAACUGUCCCUGCUGAACAACCAGCCCUUGCAACUGGGACCUUCUACUGUUCACCCCCAGCUGGCCUGGCUAUAUCGAGAAGUAGAAGACGACGUCAAGCCCUCAAGACCUCUUGCUAAAAGCAGAUGGCCAAUGGGGCAGGAUAAGGAAACACUUCUUAACCCCAGUGAAAGAUUCAAAAGAAGUGAGCAGGAGUUUUCUAAAUUGGGUGGUUCUUCCUUAGGAGAGACUGGGGCUGGGAAAGGAACCAAGAAAGCUGCUGCAGCAUCAAGAAACAACGGUUUUGAAAAGAAGAGUGGAACCAAAGAGAAAACACCCCCAAGAAAGAAACUGUUUUAUGGACUCACAAAUACACUAAGGUUACGAUUACAGCAGACCAAUCCAGAUAUGUUAAUACUUCAUGAAAGGAGAGAACAAUAUAGAAAAAGGCAAGUAGAGAUGCUGAGGGAAAAGAAAGGCAAAGGCUCUUUGUCCAGAGGAAAACUAUUCAGAAACACUGCUGAACAGCAUCUGUCUUCUUACAGGCCUCCUGCCAGGGGAGGAAUUUUAGAACAAAAUGUUCAGCUUCAUGAAAAUAUUGAGACUUUAAUACAAAGUAGUGUUGAAAAAGAUUACUCUACCACUAUAACGGAAGAUAUUUCUAAUCUACAAAAACAUGCUGCUCACAAUAGGCCGAACAAUCAUGAAGAAAGCACAAAGGAAGAGAAUCCGUAUGAAGUGAAUACAAACUGUUCACUGGAAGGAACUACAAUUAAAACCCCUUACAAAGUAAAGGAUGUGAAAGUCCACCUGCCAAGAGCUUUCACCCAGGAUACUGAUGCAAAGAGAAAUAAAGUAGAUGAGGAAACAGUACAGUUUAUUCAUGACAAAGACAUGGAUCACUAUAAUGCUUCCACAUUAGGUGAUUAUCAGUUAGGCCCCAAAAACAGUUUUGAAAGUAACCCUGAACUCAAGUAUUCAGAUGACUUUGUUGGCAGCCCUGAGAACACAGGCUAUUCGGAAGAUUUCACCAGUGCUGACGAUACGGGCAGAGGCUCAGAAACUCUUGAUAGCAGCCCAGAGCCUGCACUGGUAAGCCCAAAGCAAGCUUGCUCAGACAUGGAUUCAGAAUCCAAGAAGUCCAGACUUUCUGAAAAAAGUCUGAGAACUGAAAGUAUUUCAGCUCCUCUACCAGUUCCUUCAACUGCAUCUCCAGUCCAGUCUCUUAAAAGAACCUAUGAUUUAAAAGCAAAAAAACAGAGUACAGGUGCGGCUGUCAGUAUAUCCAUUAGUGACUCCUCUCCUCCUGCAGGUUCAUUAGAUAAGCAGGAAUUAGCUCCACACAUCAAGGAAGAAGAUAGCAAAAUUGACCAAAAUGUUUUCCAGGCCCCUGAGGUGAAGAGUAAGCAAACUAAUUCUGAUAUGAAUAGUGUAGUAAAGGGCCAAACCUCUUUGGAAAAGAGCCAGUCACUGAGGACAUCUCAAGUUAGCUCCUACUUGCCAUCCAACAUGUCUGAUCUUGAACUUAGUUGUGUGGAAAACAAUACAUCAGACAAGGAAGAGGAUGACAACUUUGGGACACUGAGUAUUCCUAAUCAAUAUAAGCACAUCAGUGAACUAGUAGUAAACAAGCUUCCUGGAUACACAAUGUAAUCAAUAUACACUCUUCAUCAAAACAAAAAAUGUUUACUUUUUUUAUUUUUAUAAACAAUAUUAAGAUAUUUGUAAUUGGAUAUAUAUAACAGAUACGAUUGGCUUUAUGAAUUUAAUAAAUUGCUGUUUUUGUUUUUAUAAAAACAAUGAUUGUAACUUUGGUGUAUACAACAUAACUUCAAUUGUCUGAGCCUAGCUUUAAAAGAAAAAGACAAGCAAAAAAGUGUUUAAAAUACCCCAUCUGUUCAAUUGUAGAAAUGAAAAUGGAAGCAGUAAGCCUUCCUAGAAUAUCCAAAGACUUGUCAGAAGAAAAUGGUAGUGCUAAAGAAACAACCAUGCAGUUAAGUUAUGAGUACAAAUUAUGUCUAACCAUUUUUAUAAAUGGAGAUUUUAAAUCAUGUAACCUUGUUGACAAAAGCAAUCUUUACACUUUAAGGAAAUAAAUGCAAUACAACUGCUACUUAAUGCACACAGGCUGUCAUAGGCAAUAGCAGUAUAGAUUGU